GACUCACAGGCUGGUAUAGUUUAUUGAGCUUCACAGCUGCUUCACCGGCUGAAGACUAAAUAGCUCAGUGGCUAUUAAUGCUCUUUAGACAAGCUCAAGUAUUGCCUGUUUUUUUCGUUCGUCUCGGAUCUUUUAGUUCCUUUUUGCCACUCUUGGUCAGCUGGACUAAAACUUUUGUGCAGUGCGAGUUGCGCAGAUGUGAGUUUCUCUCAGGACGCCACACAGGAAGCUGACUGUGUUUAACAGUGCUGUAACAUCAUGGCUCGAGCCGCUAUUCCCAUGGACAUCAUUGAGGAGGAUACAAGAAAACAUGGACGUCUGACUGAUGAGGAUGACAGUCACCCGUUGAUUAAAUACUACAAAGCCACCACGCUGAUUCCUGACAAACCGCCACCUCUGCAUCGACUGCUGGACAGACAGCCAGCAGCGUGGGCCUCUGUGCAGGUCACCAGUGGGAUCCUGAGUUUCGGUCUCGGUGUGGUGUUCGCUGUGGCGUUUGGAAUAGACAAAUUUCUCCUCACCCUCUUUAGGGUUCCUCUCCUGACUGGAAUAAUGUUUUUGGUUGCUGGAUUUUUGUCCAACCUGCUGCAUAAACACCCUGGACUGCUACAGGUCUGCUUUUACUCCAACAUACUGUGCCUGGCCGUGGCCACCACUGGAGCCAUACUGCUGUGCGUCGAUUUAGCCAAACAUCAGCCAGACAAACUGCACUUCCAGGUGGAAAUCAUGGUGCUGUGUGUGACACUGUUGGACAUGGUGGUCUCCGCUAUUCUCAUCAUCUUCAUGUAUGCUGAGAAACGCAACCUCGAGAAAAACAGCUCUAGUUCCAGCACUCGGCGAGAAUAAACCGAGAAGAAAAAAUCUCAGACCUGCUGGACAAAACCAAAUUAUUCAAACAGAAAUGACCUGAAGAAUCUCCAAAUACUACCAGCCUGGAGACUCGCCAAGAAUCCAUAGAACCUAGAACAAGCAAUUUAAAUAGAAUUUUCAAGCGCACACACACACACACACACACACACACACACAUAUUUUCUAAGCCGCUUCUCCCUCAGGGUCGCGGGGGGUGCUGGAGCCUAUCCGAGUGGUCAAUUUUCAAGCAAAUUUCAAGAAAUAUUAAAGAGCCAGUUCAGGGAAAAAAAUUGAAUUUACAUUAUUUUCCCACCACCAAAAUGACAGUGUCUAUAAAACAUGGACCAAUCUCUGAAAAUGAACCCUUGUGUGGUGUUGAUGUGUUUGUUACUCAGUGGGAACAUUGUUUUUUUUUAAUCAACAUAACAAUUUAUGUGAAAAUACCAGAUGUUUAAAAUAUCACAAGUGCCCAGUGUAGGGUUCACCUUCAGCAGCUGUAGCCAGUCAGCAGCCUGUCCAAGUUGUCCACCCUGACACACACACACACAUACAUAUAUAUAUAUAUGUGUGUGUGUGUGUG